AUGUCGAGGCAUGAAAGUAAACAGAUAGAAGAGGCAUCUUCCAGUACUCAAAUCGAUGAAGUCGCGGGCUGUGGUAAUAGUAAAAGUAUGCGAGAUAAGGAGCGCGACGCCAGCAUGGCAUGGCGGGCGCGUCCACGUAACAGCUGGCGCAACGGCGAGGCAGCAGCAGGGCUAGUGCGUGGCGGUGGUCGUGUUCCCGGCGAAUUUCGUGGAUGUAGGCGUUGCGGCAAGGAGUUUUGUGACGGUAAACAAAGGUGUAUAGCGAAGCAGGCAGAGUGUUAUUCUUGCAAAGGUCGAGGUCAUUUUGCUCGAAUGUGCAAAAAGGUGACAAAACGUGUGCAUAACUUGAGUGUGAGUUCCGAAGAAUCCAAUAGUGAUAUAAUUUAUAUUAAUAUGAUAAAUUGCAGCAAGAGGUGUGAAGAGUCUCGUGAGUGGUUUGAUAAUUUAUAUUGUAAUGCAUUAGACGUACCAGUUGACCGUGAAAGAAAUCAUCGGGCUAUGCUUAAACAACAAGAAAAGCAAAAGUAUAAUUAUGAUAAAACAACAAAAUGUCUCCCGGUCCUGCAUAAUAACGACAAAGUUGUCAUGGUCGACGGUAAGCAGCGUAAACUUGUAAAAGUUUUGCAUCAGGCAGUUGAACCCAGAUCAUACAUUGUAGAAGAUGAAGCUGGACGUAAAUAUAGGCGAAAUAGGCGUCAUCUAGUGCGCAGACGGGCACAAGCAAAACAUGACAUCAUACAGUCGGGUGACACGGCGUUAACUUCGGACAAAGCGAGCGUAGUAGGCAAAGGUGAGCCAUUUAAAGAGGGCUGUACAAGUAAAUUAAUUUCAGAACAGAAUAGCGAUUCUAAGCAUGCACGUAGUAGCCCUCCAAAAAAUAUUUAUGGGCCUAUUACAAGAAGGCAAGCUAAAUUAUUAUUAAAAAACGAGAAUAAUAUGUAC